GGAACUUUGCCGUGAAUUGGCCCUGCUGAAUAAUCGGCAAAUCUCCAUGCUGAUUCUACGACACUGUCAUGUGCCUAGAUUGAACUACUUGGCAAGGCAAGUAUUUCCUCGUGAUCUAGAACUGGCAGCAGUCAUCCAUGACAAAAUGACUAGAUCUUCAUUUGUGGACAUCAUUGGUUUCAAUCAUUUGAAUGAUACAGCCUGGAAACAAGCGACUCUAAAGCUCAAGAAUGGAGGCUUUGGUUUAACACAGAUUGGACAAAUUUCUCAUGCUGCUUUUGUGUCUUCUUGGUGUCAAUCAAUGAAAGAAUUGCCAUCUCGUUUCUUGUGUAUGACUGACUUGGUUGAUUAUCUUACUUCUUCUAAAGAAAAGUCGGGGUCGAUUGGCUCAGAAGUAAUUUCUAGCUUUUCCGACUUGCCACCAUUGUCCAAGUCAGCUGACAAUGAUGAAGAUUUUCAAACACUUGAUGACAUCAUCGCUUAUCCUAAGAAACUGCAGCACCGUCUUUGUACUGAGAUAAACGAAAUUAAUGUGUCUGAACUCAUUGCUCAGGCUCCUUCUGAUAAAGAUGCGGCAAGGCUGCGGUCAUUGCAAGGUCGUGGAGCCGGAGAUUGGUUAGAUGCCAUUCCUACUUCUGAUAGGCACGCACUUAAAACAAACGACUUUUCUAUAGCGUCCUAUUUGCGGUUGGGAUUGGCUUUACCGUUUACCAAGUGGGUGAAAGUGUGUGACUGUGGACAACAACUGGAUCAACAAGGAUACCACCUACUAACAUGUAAAUAUGGAGGAGGUCCUGUCUGGACCCACAAUACUAUCUUGAAGGGUUGGAGUGAAUGUUUGAGUGAUUUGCACAUUCCCCAUCAAACCGAACCCCGGCAUCGUUUUGUUAGUAGCGAAAACCGUCCUGAUAUGACACUCUUUGAUUCUGAAACAGGACAGAAUCUUGACGUGGAUGUUUCAUUAGCACACCCAUGGAGUAAGGAUGCUCUCAACCACGCACACAGAGAAGAAGGGUAUGCUGCAAAAGUAAGAGAGGAGAAGAAACUAAAGAAAUACUCAGGAGAGGUCCUGCAUGGUGGUUUAUCAUCCAAGUGUGUUCCACUAGUCUUUGAACAUUUUGGUUUGUGGGGCUCGCACGCACACAAGUUUUUGUCUCAUAUAUCUAGGCAAAGCUACAAUACCACUCAUGCACAUCCUUUUAACAGCGCUCAACGUUUUAAGGCAUUCUGGAGAAAGCAAUUUUCCAUCAUUCUUCAGAGAUGCAACGCCAGAGUGAUUUCGAGGAAGCUGUCGAGAUUUUCAUGCAGUACAAAUGACAGUGGCAUAAUGUUUGACUGCAAUGUUGUAGGCCAAGUCCAUUAAUGUGU